AUGCGGGAAGACGUCGAAAAGGUGAAUUUUGCCUGCUGGGGUUGUUACGUGAAGGGUGUCGCCUCUCAGAUCAAUGAGGACGCCGAUAUUAUUCAUCAGGGAAAAGCCCGCAGAAAAGCUGUGGGGGCUUUUGAGACGGGGCAGAAAACCCAUAAUAACCGUCCCCUUCAUGUGACGGAAGCUAGUCUGCCUAAAUGGGCUUCGAAUGGGCUUGUGCGGAGAAAGAGAUGAAGAGGUUAUCGAGACGGGUGGAUAGGCCUUACAAGAGAGAGUAGGCCAUCUUCUCGAGACGAUGAUUUCGUGGUGACAAGGAAAAGGCGAAGACGGAGUGCACCAUGCUCACUUAUACCACUACUCCCGUACUCCGCUCCUCUUCUUAUUUUAUUUUCAUUUUCAUUUUUUAUUUUUUUUUCCCCCCCGUGGUCGAGGGGAUUGGCGGGCAGAACCCGACGGUCGAAGGACGAGUUGAGGAUGUGAUUAGGUUUUGGCAUUAUUGGUCGCGAGAGAAGAAUCAACUAACUUUUGCUGGUCGAAGAGUCGGCCACCACCCUGGUCGGACCGUCCGUCGUGAACCUGGAGGCAUGUAUGGACAUGUACCCGCUUUGGCUGGGGAACCCGGGAAUUACUACACAGGCGGGUACGGAGUUCUCGCGAGUGACCUGUGACUUUUUCUCUCGCGGUGAAGUUUGCUCGAGCCAAGAAUCGCCUGGGAAGCGAGGAAGACGGCGCGAAGGGGACAGCGACGUCUGCCCCUCUACCACGAUGCCUCUCCCCUUGACUCUAUGCACCAUUGUCUGCUUGACCUGAAUGCAGAUGGAAUCGUAUUAGUAGCAAAGAUAGUCUUGGUUUCUUCUCCUC